CGUUUCUCAGGUUUCACACAAGACACCCGCGCGUGAGCGACAGCUGCCCGGAGCCUGGACCUUCUCCCACACCAGCAGAAGUUUCGACGAACACUAACCUUGGGACCUAAGAUUCAAGACAAACCUUUUUUUCUGGCUGAGAAAGAGCACAACUGAGAGACCCUGAAGUGGUGGCAGCCCUCCUUCAGCAGAAUGUCAAGAUGGCGAGCCUGCUCCCUCCCCCAGGUGCCGAUGUCUUCCACCCGUUCACUUUGGAGUCGCUUGCCGAGAUCGAGCGGCGGAUGGCAGAAGAAGCCACCGAGCAGGAGCAGAUGAAGGCCCUGAAUAUCGAGGUGCCUGAGGAGGAUCUGCCCAAACCCAGAGGUGAUUUGGAAGCAGGAAAGGUCCUACCAUUCAUCUACGGAGACCCUCCACCAAAUCUCCUCAAUGUUCCUCUUGAAGAGUUGGAUCCAUUCUACAAAGCAAAAAAAACAUUCAUCGUCGUCACCAAAGGGAAUACAAUAUACCGAUUCAACGCAGAACCUGCAUGCUACAUUCUAAGUCCAUUCAACCCUAUCCGACGAGUGGCCAUAAGGAUACUCAUACAUUCAUUAUUUAGCAUGUUCAUCAUGAUAACCAUCUUGUCAAACUGCGUGUUCAUGACGAUGGGUGACCCUCCAGCAUGGAAUAAAAUAGUAGAGUACGUUUUUACUGGCAUCUACACCUUUGAGGCGCUUGUAAAGGUGCUGUCCAGAGGCUUCUGCAUUGGUGAUUUCACAUUCCUGAGAGAUCCGUGGAAUUGGCUGGAUUUUAUGGUCAUCUCCAUGGCGUACGUCACAGAGUUUGUGGACUUGGGGAAUAUAUCUGCCCUGAGGACUUUCCGUGUUCUUCGGGCCCUAAAAACAAUUACUGUAAUCCCAGGUCUUAAAACCAUUGUUGGUGCCUUGAUUCAGUCGGUGAAGAAAUUGGCGGAUGUCAUGAUCCUCACUGUCUUCUGUCUCAGCGUGUUUGCUCUCAUUGGUCUACAACUGUUUAUGGGAAAUUUGCGGCAAAAGUGCAUCAAGUCUUUUGACUGGAGCAACAGUGAUAACCUGACCGUGCUCUUCAAUCACACUGAGUUUAAUGGCACUGAAACGGCCAACAGCACAUUCAACUUUCAGGAAUAUAUUGAAAAUCCAGAAAACUACUACUAUGUGCCUGGGCAUAUGGAUCCGUUAAUUUGUGGUAACAGCUCUGAUGCAGGGAAGUGCCCUGAGGGGUACACAUGCCUGAAAGCUGGCCCAAACCCAAAUUAUGGCUACACUAGUUAUGACAGUUUUGCAUGGGCUUUCUUAGCCCUUUUCCGGCUAAUGACUCAAGAUUUCUGGGAGAACUUGUUCCAGUUGACACUCCGUGCAGCAGGGAAGACGUACAUGAUCUUCUUUGUAAUCAUCAUCUUCUUGGGUUCGUUCUACCUCAUCAAUCUGAUUCUGGCUGUGGUGGCCAUGGCGUAUGCUGAACAGAAUGAAGCCACCCAUGCAGAAGCAAAAGAGAAGGAGGAAGAAUAUGCAAAAAUCCUGGAACAGCUCAAGAAACAAGCUGAGCAGCAAAAGAACAACAUGGUCAAUGGCAGUAAGACAUCAUUAUCUAGCAGAAAGAAAGGUGAUGAUGACCAAAUUCAGAACGACUUUGAUGGGAUCGCAUUGAAACCUCUCUCAAAGUCAAAUGGAUCCAAAGGCAGCAUGAAUUACUUAGAAGUCCCUAACACGCAGAUGAGAAAAUCAAGUGCAGCGAGCGCUGCAGACGAUGCUUUAGAUGAGCUGGAGGAUAUUCAAAGGCCGUGCCCUCCCUGCUGGUACAAGUUUGCUGACAUAUUCCUGAAAUGGGAUUGCUGCUUGCCAUGGGUGAAAUUAAAGAAGUUUAUCUACCUAAUUGUAACGGACCCUUUUGUGGAUCUGGGCAUCACCAUCUGCAUUGUGCUCAACACUGUGUUCAUGGCUAUGGAGCACUAUCCUAUGACUCAACAUUUCGAACACAUGUUGACAGUGGGGAACCUGGUUUUCACUGGUAUCUUUACAGCAGAGAUGGUGCUGAAACUUAUUGCACUGGACCCAUAUUAUUACUUCCAAGUUGGCUGGAACAUUUUUGACAGCAUAAUUGUGACCAUGAGUCUGGUGGAGUUGGGCUUAGCCAAUGUUGAGGGCUUAUCUGUGCUGAGGUCCUUCCGUCUGAUGCGUGUGUUCAAGCUGGCAAAAUCUUGGCCAACACUAAACAUGCUGAUAAAAAUCAUUGGUAAUUCUGUGGGUGCUCUUGGGAACCUGACCCUUGUCCUGGCCAUUAUUGUCUUCAUCUUUGCUGUGGUGGGGAUGCAGCUUUUCGGAAAAAGCUACAGGGACUGUGUGUGUAAGAUCUCAGAGGAUUGCGAGCUCCCUCGUUGGCACAUGACAGAUUUCUUUCACUCGUUUCUCAUCAUCUUUCGCAUUCUGUGUGGGGAAUGGAUCGAAACAAUGUGGGACUGCAUGGAAGUGGCUGGCCAAGGCAUGUGCAUCGUCGUCUUCAUGAUGGUCAUGGUGAUAGGAAACCUAGUGGUGUUGAAUCUCUUCCUGGCUCUGCUGCUCAGCUCCUUCAGUGGAGACAACCUGGCAGCGUCUGAUGAUGAUGGGGAGAUGAACAAUCUGCAGAUUGCCGUUGCUAGAAUGACAAGAGGCAUUGACUGGGUAAAGGCCUUCGUUAUCGGACAUUUCACACAGUUUCUGGGACUGAAGCCAAAGGAAGAGGGUGUGAAAGCAAACGAAGAAAUCGAUUCUAAAGUGGCCACCAUGAAUUCCAGCCUGUCCGUUAUCAAAGUGCCUAUAGCCAACGGUGAAUCGGAUGAUGACGAUGAUGGCAACAGUUCUUCUGAGGAUGAAGACAAAGAAGAUAUCGAUAAAAAUAGUAAAAAGACAGAUGGAGAUGAAUCAUCAACCUGCAGCACAGUGGACAGACUUCCUGAUGUAGUAGAGGUGGAAGAAGAGGAAGAAGAGGACUCCACCGUCCCUGAGGACUGCUACACAGAGAACUGCAUCAGGCGAUGUCCUUGCUUGGAGCUGGAUGUUACCCAAAGUAAAAGGAAGGCAUGGUGGAAUUUCCGUAAAACCUGCUUCUCCAUUGUGGAGCACAACUAUUUUGAAACCUUCAUCAUCUUCAUGAUCCUCCUCAGCAGUGGAGCUUUAGCAUUUGAGGACAUAUACAUUGAACAACGAAGAGUGAUUAAAAUCAUUCUUGAAUAUGCAGAUCAGGUCUUCACCUAUGUUUUUGUCAUUGAGAUGCUUCUGAAAUGGGUAGCCUAUGGCUUCAAGGUCUAUUUCACAAAUGCAUGGUGUUGGCUGGACUUUCUCAUUGUUGAUGUGUCCCUAAUCAGUUUGACUGCAAAUAUCUUAGGCUACUCUGAACUGGGGGCCAUAAAGUCUCUCAGGACUUUGAGAGCACUGAGACCUCUUCGAGCUCUCUCCAGGUUUGAAGGAAUGAAGGUGGUGGUGAACGCGCUGGUGGGGGCCAUCCCAUCCAUCUUCAACGUUCUCUUGGUCUGCCUGAUCUUUUGGCUCAUCUUCAGCAUCAUGGGAGUCAACCUUUUUGCUGGAAAGUUCUACUACUGCUUCAACUCAACGUCCGAAGAAGUUUUCCCCAUCACUCAGGUCAACAAUAAGAGUGAGUGCUUCAUGCUCAAAGAGGCUGAUCCAAAUGUGCGAUGGAUGAAUAUGAAGGUUACCUUUGAUAACGUAGGCAUGGGAUACCUCUCCUUACUGCAAGUGGCAACAUUCAAAGGAUGGAUGGACAUCAUGUAUAGUGCUGUGGAUUCUCGUGAAGUUGAAAUGCAGCCGGACUAUGAGUCAAACCUCUACAUGUACAUUUACUUUGUCAUCUUCAUCAUUUUUGGCUCUUUCUUCACUCUUAAUCUAUUUAUUGGUGUCAUCAUUGACAAUUUCAACCAACAAAAGGCAAAGAUAAGAGGAACUGAUAUCUUCAUGACAGAAGAGCAGAAAAAAUACUACAAUGCCAUGAAGAAACUUGGCUCCAAAAAGCCACAGAAACCAAUUCCAAGGCCCACGAACUGCUUCCAAGGUUUGGCAUUUGACCUGGUCACCAAGCAGUUCUUUGACAUCUUCAUUAUGGUGAUGAUCUGCCUGAACAUGGUGACCAUGAUGGUGGAGACGGAUGACCAGAGUGAAGAGAAGGAAUAUAUCCUGUUCCUUAUCAACUUGGUCUUCAUCAUACUCUUCACCGGGGAGUGCAUUCUCAAGAUCACCGCCUUGCGCUAUCACUACUUUUCCAUUGGGUGGAACAUUUUUGAUUUUGUUGUGGUCAUUCUUUCAAUUGCAGGUCUUUUGCUGGCAGAUCUCAUCGAGAAGUACUUUGUGUCGCCUACGCUGUUUCGUGUCAUCCGACUGGCCAGAAUUGGCCGCGUCCUGCGGCUCAUCCGGGGUGCCAAAGGAAUCCGGACGUUACUGUUUGCGCUGAUGAUGUCACUUCCUGCCCUCUUCAACAUCGGCUUGCUUCUAUUCUUAAUCAUGUUUAUUUUCUCCAUAUUUGGCAUGUCCAACUUUGCCUAUGUGAAAAAAGAAGCGGGCAUCGAUGACAUGUUUAAUUUCGAGACCUUCGGGAACAGUAUCAUAUGUUUGUUCAUGAUCACAACCUCCGCCGGCUGGGAUGGUUUGUUGGCACCUAUACUCAACAGCCCGCCAGACUGCGACCCGGAUGUGGAGAACCCGGGAUCGCCUGUCCGAGGAAACUGCGGCAAUGCUGCGGUAGGCAUCGUCUUCUUCUGCAGCUACAUUGUCAUGUCCUUCCUCGUCGUGGUCAACAUGUACAUAGCCAUUAUCCUAGAAAACUUCAAUGUAGCGACGGAAGAAAGUAGCGACCCCUUGUGCGAGGAUGACUUCGAGAUGUUCUAUGAAACCUGGGAGAAGUUCGACCCCACUGCCUCUCAGUUCAUCGCUUACAGUAGCCUGUCUGAAUUCUGCGACACGCUAAAAGACCCCCUGAGAAUCCCGAAACCGAACACCCUUACAUUGAUCACAAUGGACCUUCCCAUGGUCCCUGGCGAUAAGAUCCACUGUCUGGACAUUCUCCUGGCCCUCACUACACAUGUGCUGGGAGAUUCUGGCCAGAUGGAUGCCAUGAAAGCGACUAUGGAGGAGAAGUUCAUGGCCAACAAUCCCUCGAAGGUUUCGUACGAGCCCAUCACCAGCACUCUCAGACGGAAGCAAGAAGAAGUGGCCGCUUCGACCAUUCAAAGUGCCUACCGUAAGCACGUUCUCAAACGUGGCCUCAAACAAGCCUCAUAUAUGUAUAGAGAGAAGACAAACUCAAAGAGACACGGUGAAGAGGCUCCAGAAAAGGUGGGGAUGAUAUCUGAGAAAAUGAGUCAUCUUUAUGGAGAUCAAGCCAUUGAGGACAACAAACCUACGAGUUUCUCCUUCUCUCAACGUGGGAAACCACUGUAUGGGGUUACAGUGAGAGUACAGAGGGAUGUGGUCUUGCACUCUGCUCCUUUUCCCGCUCCUGACUCGUCAGCCACUGCAGAAAAAUUGAGGGAGUCCAUUGUGUAACAGGUUUAAGCCAUACUCUACACGUAAGCUUUGGAAAGCCCAGCAAUACAGAGCCCUUUUAGGAGAUUGUUUGUUCAGGGUUAUACCUCGGCACACAACAGCCAGUUUGAAGGAGUCAGUAUGGCGAACGGCAACGAGUUAUAAUCAAUAUUACUGAUGCAAUCGAUGGUUACUCCUAGUACUGCCCUUGAGAAUACGAUCACCAAUUGUUUGUCUAAUGGCCCUGAAAAUGGUUGAGCUCUUAGUGCAGACAUCGAUGAUUUUCAAGCACAGAGCCUUAAAUAACAAUGUUUUUAAAAGAAAAAAUUGUAAUGAUUAAUACUAAUCGUUCAAAAUAGAUAGAACUGGAAGGAAAACCCAUGAGUUUCCAUGAUACCUGGCAAAGCCUAAAAUAAAUAGUGUUUUAAGAGUAUAUUACAGAUCAUUUUUGUAGUAUCUGACUUUUACUUUUUAUCAGAAUUUUUCACAGUUCAAUGUGACUAGUAUUUAAAAUAAACUCAUUUGCACUAAAUAAAAAUAACCCUGGUAGAAUGGCUUAAUAAUCAAUAUUUAACAAAGCAUAUUAGUCUUAAUAGUUAACUGUAAAAAAUAUAUAUAUUAGCCUUAACACAGACUUUACUAACUGCAGUAAAUCAGGUUUUUAUUCUGGUAGUAUUUUAAACCUUGAAUCAAAUAAAAGCAGAAUCUCUAGUUGGGCCAAAGACAAAAAUAUGACUCUAAGAUUAACUAAGUCAGACCAUAAAACACAUAAAUUGUAAAGAGUCUUCCAAACAGUUAGUUACCCAGCUGAACAUAUUGUAAAUAUGGAUUCUGGUAUGUUUAAAUUGCCUAAUGAGCUUUUUUGGUGUGCAGGGUGUACUUGUAAAUUGUUUAUCGCAAGUAUAUAGUCUCUGAAAUCUUUGGCUUCUUUAUGUAGGUUAUUUUUAUUUAUUUUUUUACUUUUAGAUAUAAUUUAUUAUGAGUCAGAUAGGAGGUUUUGUUCUGAAUGUCAAGUUGUUCAGCUCAGUUGUAUAGUGAUAAUGGAUAUGAUGUCAAUAUACAGAGAAUAUUUUAUAGAUGAAACUAUGCAAAGGAUUGCUUGAACAAGGCAUAUAAUGUCGGAAAAACUACAUGUAUGAAUGGAUGUGCCAGGGUCAGAAGAAAAAAAAAUAGCUAUAUUUUUCUAAGCAUUGUGUGUAUGAAGUUCUGUGGACACAGUUCUCAUGUCUACUAUGUCUCCAAAGACUGACCUAAUGUGACUCUUAGCAUCCCUAUCAUGUUUAACUGUACCUAUACUCAUCCAGCAUUCAGUUACUCACUCAUAAAUGUUUUUACAGUUUUAUGAUCAACAUUUUAUUAUGAAGUUAAAAGGUUAGUUCACCGAAAAAUGAAAAUUAUG